AUGGCAACUGAAAAGCGACAGCUUCCCUUUGGGAAGAUCGAACCUAAUUCGGCUAAAUAUUUCGCCAGUUGUACUAUUGGGGGCAUUAUCGCAUGUGGACCGACACAUACCUCCGUCACACCGCUUGAUCUCGUCAAAUGUCGCCGUCAGGUUGAUCCGAGCAUCUACAAAUCCAACAUCUCCGCGUGGCGCUCAAUCUACGCCAAAGAGGGCCUGCGCGGAGUAUUCUUUGGUUGGUCACCCACAUUCAUCGGAUACUCUUGCCAGGGUGCGGGAAAAUAUGGCUUUUACGAGUACUUCAAGUAUCUGUACGGGAAUCAGUUGUUCCCGGAUAUAAAUCGAACAGUGGUAUUCCUGGGCGCCAGUGCCUCGGCCGAGUUCUUCGCAGAUUUAGCUCUUUGCCCCUUCGAAGCGAUCAAAGUGCGCAUGCAAACGACCCUGCCACCAUACGCACUAACACUGCGGGAAGGCUGGAGUAAAAUUGUCGCCAAGGAAGGUAUUUCGGGCCUGUAUAAAGGGUUAUAUCCCCUUUGGGCGCGACAGAUUCCUUACACCAUGACAAAGUUCGCUACCUUUGAAGAAACAGUCAGCAUGAUCUAUAGGACUCUUGGAAAGCCGAAGGAAAGCUACAACGGACUGCAGCAGACAGGAGUGAGUUUCCUGGGAGGCUACAUUGCCGGAAUCUUUUGCGCUAUUGUUAGCCAUCCGGCAGAUGUUAUGGUUAUCGUCCUCGAAGAAACUGUAUUCUCGGGGCUGUGGAAUGGCCUGCCAGUUCGAAUAGUCAUGCUGGGCACAUUGACGGGCUUCCAAUGGCUGAUCUAUGAUUCCUUCAAAGUGUUCCUCGGCCUUCCGACCACAGGAGGACACUAG